GUUUUCAAUGCACAAAUUUUCUUGACCCCCACCAAAAAUAAUAAUGCAAAUGACCAAAUAUAACAACAAUACGAACAUUUAGUAGGAGGGGGCCCAGUAGAUGCAAAAGGCAAAAAGUACGUAAAUAAGCAUCGGUGCUGCUUACUGGGCUGGUCUGGGUUUACGAAGAUGACCAAAAAUAAUAUACAAUUGCUUACUACUGUAGUAUUCUUUAACAUAUAUUUGCAGCAAUUGUCUACAAUUGUGCGUUGUAGACUCGUCCACACCAUCCCCACUCACCACGUUACCUUUUCUUACGUUUCUUGCUUCGCACUUUCCAUCACUUCUUCAUCAUAGGAAUCCCAUUAUUAAACACCCAGUAAGUUUUAUCGUUGUUUUUUUUUUCCAUCCUUUCUCUCCAAAAUCUUCGCUCAUUAUUCUAUUUCUUUCUUCCCUUUCAAAUUUCAUUAUCCUUACGCAACUCUGUCUAUUCUCGGUGCAUCUUCUUUUCUUUUCUUUUUCUUUUUUUUUUUUGGUUUUUUUUUCUUAUUGAUAUUCUUUUUCUUCUGAGCCCAUUUGCAAUUUGCUUCCUUUCUCACAUUUCCCUGCGCUUUUUUUUUUUUUGGCCCGGGAAGUUGAAGGAAAGAAGGGAGAAUUUUAGUUUGUUAAUUGUAAAGAGCGAAGAUGGGUAGGCUGUUUGUGUUGACUCUUGAAGGGAAGAUCUAUAGUUGCAAGCACUGUGGAACCCAUCUUGCUCUUUGUGAAGAUGUUGUUUCCAAGUCUUUCCACUGCCGGCAUGGGAAGGCUUACCUCUUCAAUAAGGUGGCAAAUGUGACCACUGGAGAGACUGAAGAAAGAAUGAUGAUGACUGGUUUGCACACUGUUGCUGACAUUUUCUGUGUCAAAUGUGGUUCGAUUGUUGGAUGGAAAUAUGAAACUGCGCAUGAGAAGAGUCAGAAGUACAAGGAGGGAAAAUCAGUGCUAGAACGGUUUAAGAUUUCAGGCCCUGAUGGAAGCAAUUAUUGGACCAGUCACGAAGCAUAUGUUGCCGGAGGAAGUGAUGCGGAUGAUGUUUAAUAAUUAAACCUGAUCUGUAGCUGAAUUAUCAAUUGUACAUUCUUUGAUUCCUCCUAUUCUCAUUGAACUAUCAGAUUCUUAGAUUUGAUACUUUACUCAUUUAAAGAAUUUCUCAGUUUUCUAAAAUCUUUUCAAGUUUCUGGUCUGCAUUUCAAAGUUAAAUUCGAUUCCCCCCUCUCCUCCUCCUUCCAUAAUAUUUUUUUUUAAAGGGGAAAAAAAAAACAGCUCAAUCAAAUAGGGUGAAUGUGUGAUGUACCUACGUUUUGGUAGUGUUUGUUUAAAGAUAUCUAAUUUGACUGUUUUCCUGUAUGGCAUCUCCCCUUUACCGCUGCAUUUUACGGAUUAAAAGAAGUCUUGAGUUUAUUAAAUUGUUGCGGUAACAGGUGAGGUGCAUUUCAUGGAUUAAAAAAAGUCUUGAUUAUAUUAAACUGUUGCGAUUAUAGGUGAGGUUGGGGAUUGAAUUAUUUGCGCUUCGGUAAUGGCUGAGGUUGGGCGAUAACUGUUACACGACUACCUACCAAACUUCAUGUUUAAGUUGAGUUAUUGAUCAAGUUCAAACUUUCAGGAAGACUUUCAUUUUAUACAAGUUAGCAUUUUGCCGACACAAUCAAUACAUUAUCCUUCGUCUUUA